AUGAGUCAAACAGCGGCGGCGGCGGUAGCCAAUGAGUUGAACGGCGGCGGCGGCAGUUUGCAUCGUCUCCACACAGAGGGAGCCCGGCCACCCUACGCGGCGACGGCCACCGUUUUGUACGCGCGGCCCUGGCAGCGGCAACGUACACGAACUGCAACAACGGGUGUCCCUGAGGCCAUAGCUAUUGAUUCCUCGUAUAUGAACUACAAGGAGGACACAUGGAGACACUGGGAGGGCUGGGAGGGAUACAAGUAUGGUAGCCAUAUUAAUGGCGACCAACCCCAACCACCGACCACCUCGGUAGCAACGUGCACACAACCCAAGCCGUCUCUUAGAUGCAUGGAUGCAUGUAUGGAAUCGGAGCAGACCUUGUGCAAAAUAUUCUUCCCGCUGCACGAAAUAGCAGUGGAGGCAGAGCACACGGGGAGGCGGGACUCGGGAGUACGAGCGCCUGAUGAGGCUGGUCUCGUCGGGAACCGCAGCGAGCAGACUGGACGGGCUCACCUGCUGGAGGAUGUUGGGGGAGGGGACCAGCAUGGCGCCCUCAGCUUUUGCAGAUGCCUCGUCGCCCGCACGGGCCGCGCCGCCUUGCUGAUAGCUGGCAACUGCGCUUGUGGUCCGCACCUCCGCGGCCGCGGUCGGCUGCCCUGGGACCACGCCCGUGCGAGCCGUGCUCGGCUUGACAGCGCGGGUCGCGCCGCCUCGCUGGUGGCUGGCGCCUGCGCUGCCACGGCGGCGGCCGCGCUUGUGCGCGGUUGGUUGCGCCCUUGCCGUGGCCCAUGCAUCACGGCCGAGGAGGCGGUUGCGGAGGAGGCUAGGAGCUGGCGGCGCGGCAAGCGGAGGCCGUAG